CUAUCUAACCACAUUUAACGCUCUGCAAGUACAGGGGGUCCGAGGGGCAGUGCAGUAGCUUAUAUUCACUGGGAGCAGCAGGGCCUUCGCUCCUCCCCACACUACACUGCUCCGCCACUCUUCCGUGGAGGAGGCCGGGCUCACACUCACUCACUCACUCACUCACUCGCACUGCCACACUGCCCGCCCGCUGAUCAUUCCCUCCCCUCUGCCCGUCCUCCUUCGUGCCAGAGAAUCUCGCCCGCUCUGCCAUUCCGCAGAGAAACAUCAUGGUACAGUCCAAGAAGUUUCGCGGCGUCAGGCAGCGCCACUGGGGCUCCUGGGUCUCCGAGAUCAGGCACCCUCUCCUGAAGAGGAGGGUGUGGCUGGGCACCUUUGAGACGGCGGAGGAGGCGGCGCGGGCGUACGACGAGGCCGCCAUCCUGAUGAGCGGGCGUAACGCCAAGACCAACUUCCCCGUGCCGAGGAGCGCCAACGGGGAGAUCAUCGUCGCCCCUGCAGCGGAGCGGGACGGCCGCGGGGGC